AAUGGACUCAUAGGCACUCCCCCAGCCACACUGGUUGAAGUUUCACUUCAAGGAGGAAAGCCAAAUUACUAUGAUGUUAGCCUUGUUGAUGGCUAUAAUAUUCCUGUCUCUGUCACUCCCAAGAUCACAAACCCUAAAUGCCUCAUUCAAGGGUGCUUGAAGGAUGUCCGAGCCUUGUGCCCAUCUGAACUUGAGGUGCUGAAUUCCAAGGGAGAAGUUGUGGGAUGCAAAAGUGCUUGUUUGGCCUUUGAUGAUGACAGGUUUUGUUGUAGGAAUGAAUAUGGGAGUCCAGGGAAGUGCAAGCCUAGUGUGUACUCAAAGAUAUUUAAGGAUGCUUGUCCUAACUAUUUUAGCUAUGCUUUUGACUCACCUACCCCAUUGGUGAGUUGUGCAUCCUCAGAGUAUGUGAUAACAUUUUGUCCUUAUGGAUGGGGAGGUGCUGGUGAACACAAAUCUGAGUAGGAAGUGUUUACACCUCUGUUGUUGGAAUUCAAGUUGGUUCUGGAAUCAAAUGAUUUGAUUCUGUUUGAUAUAUGUUGAGUUGUGUAUUAGUUAUUGCAUUUUAUGGAUACCUGAAAAA